AUGGCAGACAAGCACAACCUCAACUCCGUCUCCACGGAGGACAUGGAUGAUCAUGAGAGAGCCGCUUUCAAUGAGAUCAUCCGUCCCAGUGACAGUUACCUCGCUGAUGGUACCUACUGGGCUGAUCUGCCGGUCGGCGAGCGCGUCAAGUUCUGUCUCGAGCAGGACCGCAUCGAGACCCGUAAGGAGAUGGCCUGGCUCUGGGAUAUGUUCAAGAAGGACCCCUUGGCCCCUCUUGCCUACUACUUCAAGAACAGUGUGCUGCCUGGUGCUGGUCUUGGUCUGGAAGGUUAUGUGCUCUUCUCUAUUAGCAACGUCACCCCCCUGUUCAAGGCCUCAUACAAGGACUGUUGGUCGACUGGCAAGGUUUGCAACCCUAACUGGAUUGCCGCCGUCAACUACCUGGAGGUCGUUGGUAUUCUUAUCGGUCAGAUUCUCGUUGGUCUUCUUGGUGACUGGAUUGGCCGUCGCUGGGGUCUCAUCCAGGAUGCAGUCAUCAUGUUCGUUGGUCUCCUUAUGCUCACAGCCGCUUGGGGUAUGACCCUCAACGGUUGGGUCAUCUGUUACGCCUGGUCUCUCUUCUUCUACAGUAUCGGAGUCGGUGGUGAAUAUCCCAUGACCGCUACUAUUGGAAUGGAGAACGGUAUCGGGUCUGGCAAGGUCAACGCCUCCCAGGAUCGCUUGCACCGCGGCCGCUCCGUGGUCAGCGCCUUCCUGAUGCAAGGUUGGGGUCAGUUUGCCAACCAGGUUAUCCUGAUUCUGUUGCUUCUCAUCUUCCACCACGGAAGCGGAACUCCCCCUAUCUCCACCACCACCACUAACUGGACAUACCGUGUCUCCUUUGCCAUUCCUGCCAUCGGAACCCUCUGGCUUGUCUACUACCGUGCCUACCACGUGAAGGCCGCUGCUGCUAGCAAGCAGCUUGAUGCCCAGAAGAAGAAGGCCUCAGUCACUGGCUACGACACUCAGUCAUUGAAGUUGACCUUCAAACAUUUCAGCCCUCGUCUGUUUGCUACCGCUGGUGGUUGGUUUGCCAACGACGUCUUCUUCUACGGAAACAAGCUUUUCCAGAGCAAGUUCAUCGCUGUUAUCAGCCCUGAGUCUAAGUCUCUGAUGACCAACUGGACCUGGAACUUGGUCAACAUUACCGCCGCCUUGGGCGGUUACUACUGCGCUUCAUGGUUCGUCGAUAAUAAGCUCUACGGCCGUAAGUGGAUGCAGAUCGUCGGGUUCAUGAUGUGUUUCAUUCUUUUCGUCAUCCCCGCCUUCCUCCUCAAAUACUACGAGUCCUCCGCCCACAUCCAUUCCUUCCAGGCGAUGUACUUCCUCAGUUCAUUCUUCAACCAGUUCGGCCCUAACUGCACCACCUUCCUCGUCGCCGCCGAGGUCUUCCCCACCCCAAUCCGUGGCACUGCCCACGGUAUCUCCGCCGCCGCAGGAAAGCUCGGUGCUCUCGUCAUCGCCGUCGUCGGAUCCUACACCACCACCCAGCAACAAUUCUACAUUGUCCCCUGGUUCGGUCUGGCCGGUGUGCUCGUCACCUAUCUCUUCCUGCCUGAUACCACCGGCCUCGAUCUCCGCGAACAGGAACGCCGCUGGUUGCACAUCCGUCAAGGCCGCGAGCACGAGUACCACGGCCCCGCCAUCCACCGCAAGCAUCUGUCUGUCUGGGAGCGCUGGAUGGGCAAGGGCAAGUACUACGACGCCGACCUUGACUACCAGAGCAAGGUCAAGGAGUUCCGCGCUGAGUGGGAGUCCGCUAUGGCCGUUCGUGGCGAGGAGAAGGACGCUCUCUUCGAUCUGGAUGACGUUGAUGAGACCAUUCUCCAGGGCUCUCUGCACACAUACUUUGAGCGCACAAGCCCCAUGAUCCGCGGCAUGGAGAAGACCGAGAUUGAGCCUACUGCCCUUCCCGUUGGUGGGCACGAUGAGCAGGAGACUCUCCGUCGGGAGUAA